AACUCCUCAGUCAACAUCGAGCUUUCGGCGGACUAUGUUGCGCCCUUUGAACCUUCCGUGCUAGGAGAGUGUGUGCCACACGGGACGACGGGCCGCAUGUGGUGUGUUGAUUGUAUGGUGAAAAACACAGGACGGGGCCUCUGUUGAUGGGACGAAGCAAACAACAAACAGAGAGAAGAAAAAAAAACUGUUGCUGAAUCCGGUGUGGUGUUUAGCCUUUCGGCGGUCAAACUGCGGAUGUUCCUCGGUUCGGAGUUCCGGUGUGCGUGCGGUUGACCACCGACCGUACCCUAAUGAGGAGGUGCUAAUUUGAAACGUUGCGUGGAGAGAGAAAAAAAGCGCGCGCCAAUUGUAAACGGUGGCUGCGUGCUCCUACCCGGAGCGCUAUUAAAUUUAAUUGAAAGAGUCCCUCCGGAGAUGGCGACCGUGAUAAGGCAUCGCUGAAUUGCUUUUAAAUGGUGGCAUUUGAGGGCACCGACGAGACCGACUUCCGUCGUCCGCCGACGGCUGUGUGAUUUCGUUGGAAUGUAGACUAGUGGGGCUGCUGGUGAUUUUGGCUGUUGGAAAAAGUCUACGCUGCUUCUGUGAACUGUGACACAAGGGGGUGCUUAGGAUUUAAAGACUUGGGGGCUUUAAAUUGUGGUGCUUUUGAUAGCGUUAGAAAUAAUAUUCGACAUUAUCAAGUAAGAAGAGUUAAAGCGAUAUAUGCAGUUAAAAGAAGAAAAAAAAUCAAGCGAAAACUCCGAGUUAAUCCAAAAAGGCUCAACAAGGUGGAGGUGAAAAAUUGCAAUCAAUUUACGUUACAAUGAAAUUGCAGGAAGUAAAUUACUCACAAUCAUUCCAAGUUUUCAACCAAAAGAUUUCCUUUGAAAAGCUGUAAUAAGAUUUAAUUCGAAAAAAAUCUAAAGAUUUCCUGCUACAAGUUCGAUAAAACAUUCCGACUUCCAGUGAGUACAAAGCAACACUUGCAAUCAAAACAAAUCGAUAAUUCCUAACAAGUGAGAAGCUCCAAAGCCACAGAUAGAAAAAAGUCAAUCAUUGUUGUCAUCCACCCCACCCCCUAUCAACCCAAUGCAAAGGUAAAGUUCACAAAUUGAAUCAGAAAAUUGCAGUUGUUCCAGCAGGGAAACAAAAAAGAUCCAAGAAAUCAGUAGUUCCCAAAAGGACACCGGACGUGGACGACUCUGUCCUUCGUUCUCCUGUGUGUUCGAAGAUUAUGGCAAAAGUUUAAAUUGAGCAAAAGUCAGUCAGUCUGUCUGUCUAUCUGUCGGACUCGACUGGACCGGUUCGCCAGUGCAGUAGUGGGUUACCCGGUCCACCCGGUGGGGUGGGUAGCGGUCAUAGAAGACGAGAGUGCAAAUUUUGAAAUGAAUUCAAUUAGUGUCGCAACUUUGAACGUGUGGUCCGGGUCCAGAAAGUGACGUGACGAGGAAGUGAACAGAACCAGAGCCAGAGAUAACAAGCGAUGUGGUGUAAAGAGUAUCGUUGGAAAAAUCGGUGAACCUUUUGUACCCGCGGAAGCAGCUCGGUUAGGUGGAUUUGGUGUUUUUGGAUAGUGGAAGCAAUGUCGAAAAAGUUAGAAAAAUGUAUAUAGAGGAAAUGUUGGCAGUGAGGACUGGAUGUGGAAAUAAAAGUUUUUAGUCAAGCUUUCUUCAUCUACUGGUCGGCUCAACUACCGGGACUCAGUCCGUGGCGACCGGCAAUUAAUUUAAAGUGAAUCGAAAGGAGGUGAUUCGUGUGGUGCUUUUUGCCACAUCCUGUGUUUGUAAUAAUUGAAGAAUAUUGUAUUAAAAAGUAACGAGCAGUUUGACGAGUUUUUUUAUAUUUCUGUAAAGGGGAUCGUAAAUAGAUCCGUGACCUCUGUUCUGUGCUUGCGCUGUUGAAUUCCUGUGUCCCGGGGACAUGCUAGCUGAGUUCGACAAGAGGUCAACGUAGAGAGAAUACAGGACAACAGGAUGGAUAUCGAACUCAUCGAUAUCCGGACGCUCGGGUAUCUGUCCAGCACAAGCACGGUGGUGUCAGCAACAACAAUAUGUAACCUGACGGCGGUAGCAAAUCAAACCGACGGAAGCGGUAACGGAAGCGGAAGUGGUGGUGUUGGGGGCGGAAGUCGUGGAACCGGGCCCGACGAUUCCGGCGACGAUGACGACGUCGACGCUUUAUCCCCCCUAUCGUUGUCGUUUCUCGGUGUUUUCCUAUCGAUUGUGAUAUUUCUUUCCGUAGCCGGUAAUAUUCUAGUAUGCAUAGCAAUCUACACCGAGCGAAGUCUGCGGCGGAUCGGGAACCUAUUCCUGGCGUCGCUGGCCAUCGCCGAUCUGUUCGUGGCGUCACUGGUGAUGACGUUUGCCGGUGUCAACGAUUUAUUGGGUUAUUGGAUCUUUGGGGCCCAGUUCUGCGAUACCUGGGUGGCAUUCGAUGUCAUGUGUUCAACCGCUUCCAUCCUGAAUCUGUGUGCCAUCUCGCUGGACCGGUACAUCCACAUCAAGGAUCCGCUCAGGUACGGCCGCUGGGUGACACGCCGGGUUGCCAUCGGGACGAUCGUCGUCAUCUGGCUGCUGGCGGCACUAGUAUCGUUCGUACCGAUCUCACUGGACCUACACCGGGACAAGCGGGACGAAACGGACACCUCGCUCAUCAUCAACGGUGUCAAGUACGAAACGUGCGCCCUGGACCUGACGCCGACCUACGCCGUCGUUUCUAGUUGUAUAAGUUUCUACGUACCUUGUAUAGUUAUGAUCGGGAUCUACUGCAGGCUCUACUGCUACGCCCAGAAGCACGUCAAAUCGAUACGAGCGGUGACGCGGCCGGGCGAGAUCAGCGAAAAGCGCUACCGGAGCAUACGGCGACCAAAACCAAGCAAGAACAAGCUGAAAUUGCGCCAACUGGCCGCCCAGGCCAGCUCGCCGUACCACGUGUCGGACCACAAGGCGGCCAUCACCGUGGGUGUCAUCAUGGGGGUCUUCCUGGUGUGCUGGGUGCCGUUCUUCUGCGUCAACAUCAUUGCCGCCUUCUGCAAGACCUGCAUCGGUCCGCAGACGUUCAAGGUGCUGUCCUGGCUCGGGUACUCCAACUCGGCGUUUAAUCCCAUCAUCUACUCGAUCUUCAACACCGAGUUCCGGGCGGCAUUCAAGCGAAUCCUGACGACACGGAGCGCCUGGUGCUGCGGGCAGGAGAUGGGUAACAUCUACCCUCGGCACAGCGAUCGCUACGUGACGGACUACGCGGCCAAGAAUGUGGUGAUGAACUCGGGCCGGUCGUCCGCCGAUCUGGAGCAGGUAUCGGCCAUCUGACCCUACUAGAAUAACAUCAACAACACCCAGGUGUAACCUGGGGGCAGCUAAUUCGCACUGUCUGUAUAGAAGGGGGGUUUUGUUUUGUUCGUUCGGGGGUAGAUGAAAAGGUGUAGUUCUAUGUGGGUUCUGUCGGUUUUUAGGUUAGUAUGCGAUUUUCGGCGUCGGCUGAGAUUGCUGGGUUAGUAUACCAACGCACAACACUAGCUGUCAUUAAUAACUGCCAGUUCGGAUAGGGUACUAAUGAAAAAUCACUCCGUCGGUGGUAAUGGCCAAAACUCACGGGCACGUGCAGGCAAUCUCGAUCAGAAACACAUAACAGAAAUAUUUCUAAACUGUAUCUCGCACUGUCACUUGUUAUAAAUUUCUGUUCUUUUAACUACUAACGAGACCUAAUUUAUAACACAAUAUAUUACACAAAUUCUGUUUUGUUAUAAUCUUGUUAUUUCAUUCUGAUCGGGAUGGGUUUGCUGCACCCAAAUCAAAUUGCGAAAGCUAAACAAGAUGCAUCAAGCCAAAACGUUUUGAGUGACGUGUUUCACAAUCUUAAGAAACAUGAAUUAGGAAGAGACGAUACUCAAUGCAAUGUAUAGAUGCAUUACGAGCCGCAACAUGUUAACCGUUACAUUUUCGAAAGGGUAACCGGGCACCUUUUCAGAUUUUAAUCAAUGUGUUCUUUUCAAGCCGGAAAUUGAUAUUUAGUGACAUCUUAAAACAUCACUAAGCAUAGCUUUUGAGGACAUAAAAUUGAUGAUAGAAUAAGCGGGGGCCGGAGGAAGGGCUUCUUGGUCUUUUUUAACAGGUCGACAGGGACCCAGGUACCCGCACUGGCCUAGUCAUGAUGUCGGUGUAAACAUGGGAGGCUUUCUACCUGCAAUUUCAGACGAGUAUAAGUAUAUUUUUAAACCUGCUGUUCCUGACUAUUUUUGCAAUCCAGUCGUGCUGCCUGUAAUACUAAUACUUCCUUCUUACUUCCAAUAUACAGAAAAGAUGAAGGCUUUAUCAGAUCGUGUAACGAAGCCAUGGCGAAAGCAAUAAAGUGACUGCUUUCGAUGGUUUGAUAACUAUCAUUGGAUUACAAGCUCCGGAACGAAGAAGUCCGUCGACCGGAUACAGCCGAGUACCCAUAUAUAAGAUUCAAGUGAUCCUGGAGAAAGGUGAGAGCAUCUAGCGCAAGUCGAGUUCCAGAAGUCUGACGAUUUUGCGUGUUCGGAAGAAGCAGAAAUCGGACGGCACGGUGGCAAAAUUUUUCCGCGCCUUGGGCCGGGAGGUUGAUGCGACCGUCCAGAUGGUCAGAAACUAUUUGGCUAUGGAUUUGGACAACAUCGUUAGGAAGCGUAAUUCGAGGUCGACUGCGUCGGAACCGCAAGCGGCUGAAAGUGCUCAUCAAAGAUUUCUUCCCUGCGAAGCGCAACGUAAUAGUGAUCAUGGACGGCAAGACGUACCUGACGCUCGACAACAAUGACAUACCAAGCCGAUUAACUAUGACGAAUCUAUUGUCGUUUAGUUCACUCGUCUGAAGGAUACGAGGAUGGCUAGGCAAAGAAUACUCUGAAAUGUUUUCAGCUAUUUCUGGGAUCCCACAGGGAAGCUAUCUUGGACCACUCAUCUUCCUACUUUAAUGAUAUGAAUUAUAGACCACGCUUGUCGUAGGAUGACCUCAAAAUCUUUAGCCGUAUCGAGACUGGUAGACGCACACGUCUAGCAGAAACAAUUCGAUGUCUUCAGCGAAUGGUGUAUCGAUAAUCAUAUUAUCCUGAAUCCCGCAAAAUGUUCUAUGGUCAGCUUCUGUAGGAAAAGUAAAUCUAUCAAUUUCGACUACAAUCUAUCAGGAUUGCUUAUUUCUCGACAGUAUUCCGUGAAGGAUCUUGGAGUAAUAUUAGAUUCUAAGCUGAAUUUCAAGCAGUACGUCUCGUAAGUUAUUGGUCAUGCAUCGCGAAACCUUGGUUUCAUCUUUUGUAUUGCCAAGUCAUGCACGGAUAUAUACUGCUUGAAAAGUUACUGAUUCCUAGUCCGGUCAUCUUUGGAGUACAUCUCCCACAGGAAGUUCUCAAAGAAUGAUGCUCUUGUGGCUGACAAUCAGUGAAAAGAGAAUAUCAAAUCCGGUCUUCUGUUCUUUGCAACUUGCGUCAACGCUGCGCCCAAUUGAAAAUUUCUGGGCGACCCUAAAGUAAAAAAUUCAGAGGCGAAAACUGAAAAGGAACUGAUCUAUAAGGCGACCGAAGAGUUAUGAAUAUGCCAGCAACAGUUAUGGUCAAAGACCGCCCGACUGGAAGUGGUGUAAUUUUUUGUGAAAUCAUGAAUUAAUGUAGGAAUCAAUGAAAAUUUGUUUUGUUUUGAUAUCUUAUCGUUUUUUCAGCAGUCCAUCCAAAGUCGUUUCUUUUUAAUGCAAGUCUUACUACCUAAAUAAGCGUGGAUUAAGGACCGAAAGCCACACGUUUUGCCUGGCUGUUUCGGAUGCCAAGGGUUGCUUUUUGAAACAAUCCCAUUGUAUCGAAGUGUCUAAAUUCAAAUACAAACCACUGGGAAUAAAUUAAAUUGGAGCGCAUGUGGAAACAUUUUCUUCUAGAAUAAAAUUAUUGUAAUAAGAAUUAGUAAUAUUGUGAAAUUUCAGGAUCGUCAAGUGGUAAAUCAAGCGCUGUGCAGUUUCGGAAACAGAAGUCCGUCGGAAACAUCAAGAAGCUGCUCGGAUUGAAUCGAAAAAAAUUGUCUGACGAUGCAAGAAACAAUUGCAAGAUGGAAGUGGAGCAUCUAAACGUCCAGCUUUGAAAAGAACUCGUUCUGCAAGGACAAAGGCAUUAAUUAAAACUGUGGCCAACAACUUGCGUUGCGAUCAGGUCAGAUCCAUGAGCCAAAUGGCUAUGGAUUGCAACGUGUGACGUCAGACGAUCCAAACUACCGGACCGGUAGCAAUACGAUGGAGCGAUUUCACUCAAAAUUAGACUCCACACAGUUUGGGAUGGUCGGUCAAACCGCGUAGCACCAAUAAUUGACUGGUCUAUGAAAAAGAUGGUUGAAACAUCCUGCAUUUAAAGUCGCUACGAUAUUCAACGAAGCUUUGAACAGGAAAUAUGAAAACUACUCAGUGAUCUACACAGGUGGGUUGAAAUGCGACACAUCAGUAAGAGUCGGUAUCAUAGGUAAAAAAGAGGAAAUUUUCUCCAAACUAUCUAGUUCCUGCACUAUCUUUUCAGCUGAAGCAAUAGCCAUCCAUGUAGCUAUUACACGACGAACGACAAACCCAAAAUAAUAUUCUGUUGGAUCCCAGGACAUCGUGGGAUCAAAGGUAACAAUGAAGCAGACCAAUACUAACCAACGAAGGACCGGACAUGAAGCGCAACAUUGCCAAGGUAAUACGGAAAGAAGUAGAAGAUAAAUGGAGAGCCGAGCGAGUUCUGUUCCUCCGAAAGCUAAAAG